UGGCGUAAACAUGUGUUUGUAGUGUUCAAAGGAAUUCUGACGUCUGGUUCUGUCAAGCAUAUCGUUUUAUAAAUCAUUCGAAGUAAAUUCGUUUUGACAUUUUCGUUAAACACGUUAAUUGGCAUGGCAGUCUGUGGUGAAUAUAUUCGUAGUCAAUUUCCCACGAUAGAUGAUGAUCUGUAUCAAUAUGUGGAAGGUAUAUUAGACAGUUCUAAGGAUGACUUUGAGGACGGUGACGAGGUUUACGAAGCAAUAGGAGAGGUAUUACACGAAGUUGCAGAAAAACCAGAGAAUGAGGUUAGGCAAAUAUGUGUAAAACUAUUAGAAAUGCUAAAGGGCAAUUCAAAUGAUGGAAAUGUUGAAAGGAGAAAAAAUGGAGUGAACAAAGUAUUGAAUGCACCAGUACAUUUGGGGACUAUGGCUGCUACUCUAGAGGCUCAAGUAGAACAAAUAAAGAGUAUAUGGGUUACUACAAGAGAUGAUGCCAUGAAGGUAGAUGCCAAGAAGUUAGAAAAGGCAGAAGCAAAAUUACAACAGAAACAAGAAAAAAGAAGUAACAAUGAAUUAAGUGGACGAAUUAACACCAUUAGUCAAGGCAUAGAAUCUGCCAGUGCAAGUCAGAUGACAAGUAAAAAGGACAGUAGAAUGGAAACUAAGAGUGGUGUAAAUAAGACUCAAGACAUUAGGAUAGAAAACUUUGAUAUAGCAUAUGGAGAUAGAAUAUUAUUGCAAGGAGCUGACUUAACACUUGCAUUUGGUAGACGAUAUGGCCUUAUUGGUAGAAAUGGGCUCGGUAAAACUACCUUAUUAAGGAUGAUAUCUAGUAAACAAUUGAGAAUACCAUCUCAUAUAAGAGUUUUACAUGUAGAACAAGAAGUUGCUGGAGAUGAUACUUCUGCCUUGGAAUCUGUAUUGGAAUGUGACCAAGAGAGAAGUAUGUUACUUAGCAAGGAAGCAGAAUUGCAAGCAGUAAUUGAAAAGGAAGGUGGUAAAACAGGAGAUGCAUUAGGCGAAGAAUUAGCUAGAAUAUAUGAAGCAAUGCAAUUAGCUGAAGUAGAUAAAGCACCUGCUAGAGCCAGUGCAAUUUUGUCAGGACUUGGAUUUUCUGUUGAAAGACAAUUGUGGCCCACUAAAGCUUUUUCUGGUGGUUGGAGAAUGAGAUUAGCGCUUGCAAGAGCACUAUUUUCUAGACCUGAUCUUCUGUUACUUGACGAACCUACGAAUAUGCUUGAUAUUAAAGCUAUAUUAUGGCUAGAGAAAUAUUUACAGUCAUGGCCAACUACUUUGCUCGUGGUAUCUCACGACAGAAAUUUCUUGGAUACGGUUCCCACGGACAUACUAUAUUUACGUGGACAGAAAAUUGAGGCAUAUCGAGGUAAUUAUGAACAAUUUGCAAAAACUAAAGGAGAACGUGAAAGAAAUCAGCAGAGGGAAUAUGAAGCUCAACAGGCUAAGAGAGCACAUGUACAAGAAUUCAUUGAUCGAUUUCGAUAUAACGCUAAUCGCGCUUCAAGUGUACAGAGUAAAAUCAAGAUGUUAGAAAAACUACCAGAGCUUAAACCAAUGGAGAAAGAAGGAGAAGUAACUCUUCGUUUCCCAGAUGUUACACCAUUAAGUCCUCCAAUAUUACAACUUAACGAAGUCUCUUUUAGUUAUACUAAAGAAAGCGAUAAUUUAUGUAUAUUCAGUGCCGUUAAUUUAACUGCUAGCUUACAAUCUCGCAUUUGUAUCGUGGGAGAGAAUGGUGCCGGUAAAACAACACUUUUAAAGAUCAUAACAGGUGCACUAAAUCCAACACGAGGCACAGUGCAUGUUCAUAGAAAUUUGAAAUUUGGAUAUUUUAGUCAACAUCAUGUAGAUCAAUUAGAUAUGCGCGUAUGUCCAGUUGAACUAUUGCAAAAUCAUUUCCCAGGAAAACCAGUUGAAGAGUAUAGAAGAAUGCUCGGAAGCUUUGGAAUAAGUGGUAACUUAGCACUACAGACGAUCAGUUCUUUAUCUGGUGGGCAAAAAUCUAGAGUAGCAUUUGCCUUAAUGUGUGCUGCCAUGCCAAACUUUUUAGUACUUGAUGAACCUACAAAUCAUUUGGAUAUUGAAUCUAUUGAAGCUUUAGGUAAAGCACUAAAUACUUGUCAGGCAGGUGUUAUAUUAGUUUCACACGAUGAAAGAUUAAUUCGCAUGGUAUGCACUGAACUUUGGGUAUGCGCAGAAGGUUCUGUUCGAUGCAUCGAGGGAGGUUUUGAUGAGUAUCGUAGGAUUAUUGAAAAGGAACUUGAAAUAUAAAGAUCACUCUAAUUUAAUUAUCAGUUUCUGCAUUGUCCCGAGUUAAGUUACCGAUGUGAAAAUUUCAAUUAAUUCAA